AUGCCAACACGUAUUGAUUUACCUUUGAUUACAAAAAUUCAAUUAAUAAAAGAUUUUGAAUGGUGCUUAUCACAAAAAGAUUUAGCAGCCAAAUAUAAAAUAUCAACAGGCGGUGUAUGUAACAUUUUGAAACGUAAAGAAGAAUAUUUAGGUGAUUAUAAAUCAAAUCAAUGCAACGAAGUACUUGGAAACAAAAUUGAUGGUGGAAUAUAUGCCUGGUUUGUUGCUCAAAGAGCAAAAAAUUUAUCUAUAUCAGGUCUAAUACUUCAAGAAAAAGCAAGACAAAUUGCUACAGAUCUUGAUGAUAAAGUUGUAUUCAAGGUUUCUAAUGGCUGCUUAGAAAAAUUCAAAAUCAGACAUAAUAUUUCUUUUCGUGAAAUCUGCGGUGGUUCGGGAGCUGUAAAUUCUAUCACAACAAGUGAAUAG